AUGGUCGGGAUGCGGAACACAGCCCAUGCGGAAGAGAGUGCAGAGGUGGAGGUGCUUUACGCAAAUCUUGAAAAGCUUAACAACCUAACCAAGAAGAUCCAAGGUUCCAUGGCUCGUCUAGAAACAAGUGGAAAGGUAGUGAAAGAUGCCAUUGGGCCAAUUUAUAGCAACACACAAUCGCUGCAAGUCACAAAUGCCAACGUAGAUAAAGUCAACGAGGCGAUUGAUCGGCUUCGACAGCCUUUAGAUGUCAAGGGAAAGGAGGAGGCUAUAAUCCGGGCUGGGCCCAGAAGUGCCGGAUUGGUCCAGUAUUUGAGUGCUCUGAAACGACUGGAUCGCGCACUGUCAGAUCUAAAUGCUACAAACCUUCGUUCGAAUCAGAAAGCUGUGUCUGAAUUUACCAUUUUGCUUAGCACAGGAAGCAGCAAACUUCAGGAGAUGUUCAAAGGAACUCUACGAGAUAAUAUCAAAACCAUAGAACCACUGCACUAUAUCACAAAACAGCUGCCGUUCCCAACGAUCCCGGGUGAGACAGUUUUGGAGCUCUCACCUGUCUGCGCUGCGAUCAGCUCAGCCACAAGUCAUGGUCCACAAAUUGGGCAAGCAGAAAAUCCGGCUAUCAGAAUAUACGCCGAUAUUCGCUCCCCUUAUAUCACCAACAGCUUGCAAAACCUCGCCACCGCAUCUAUCAAUACAGCCAAGCGAAAGCCAAGCGACGGUCCAUAUAAACAAGGGACCAAUGGUAUAGGAAUGUAUGCUAGUGGUAUCGAGGGCAUGCUCCUGGCAGAACAUGAAAAUAUUUCCCAGAUAUUUCCUGCGGAGGAGCAAGCGAAGGCGCUCCAAGCGACCUGUCGACCAGCGAUAGCGGAAUUCUCAAAAACUCAACGGGAGCUUAAUAUGUAUAUCAAGGCUAACUUGAUGACGGACUGCUUUCUUGCCUUUGAGAUAAUCGAGAUAGUCACCGGAUUAUCAUAUCGACUUGAUGCAGCUACGAGGCAGUUGAAAACCCUAUUCUUCGAAGCCUUGAGGCCGAUCCGCGAGACCGCCAAGUUAGCGUUGUCUGAACUACUGGAGGAAACACGACGCAAAGCUGCAGCUGUCACAGUUUUGCCCCCCGAUGGUGCCGCCGUCCCUCUCGUAUCUGAUGUCAUGAAUUCGUUAUCAGCCCUAACGGCAUACUCAAAGCCACUUGCCUCCAUCCUAACAUCGCUUGGGGAUGGAAAUUGGAAAGCGUCGAGCAAAUCCAACACCGCCCCGCUAGACGUCAGCCCCGAUAGCUCCGCAAUCCUCUCCCAUUUUAUCCUAGACGUGAUCGAAGCCUUACUAUCCGCCCUAGAAGCUCGUGCAAGGAUAUCCCACCGCGCCAAACCAGUCCUCGGCGCUUUUCUUGCAAACGUGAUGUGCAUAGUCGACCGCUCAAUCCGCAACAGCAGCGAACUAUCCCGCUACCUGUCCACCCCGGAAAACACCAGCCGCCUAGAUAUAUGGCGCAAAAAGGGCGUCUCUACUUACCUUGAUGCCUGGCGUGAUCCGUCCUCCCACCUCCUCGACGUCCAGUAUACCAGCAGGGCUGGUGCGCGUCCCACCUCCGGCGGCCAGGUAGACUCCGGUGCCAUUGUCAGAACCCUCUCAUCCAAGGACAAAGAUAACAUCAAGGAUAAAUUCAAAGCUUUCAAUUCGUCGUUCGACGAGUUGAUUAUUCGUCAUAGAUCAUUGACAAUGGAGAAAGAAGUGCGUAACAUGUUGGCAAGGGAGGUACAGGCUGUUAUUGAGCCUUUGUACGCGCGUUUUUGGGAUCGGUAUCAUGAAAUCGAUAAGGGUAAGGGCAAGUAUGUCAAGUACGAUAAAGCAACCUUGUCAGCACAGCUUGCGGCAUUGGCAUAA